UUUUGAACAGCGAAUCUACAGUGAAAUCAAACAUCUAGAGCAGCCAGGGAAGAAUUGUGUUAAUUGUGUUACCUACAAACAUGGCAAGCUUUCCACAAGGUCAGGGAUACGAGUUUCUCUGCUUUUGUAUCCCAUCCCCUCGCCAUUACGGCCAGGGUCAUUCAUGUCCCGACCACCUGACCUGACCGGCUCGGCAACAGCGUCCGGUAGGUAAACGUCAAUCCACUGCAUAUAAGAUGCAUACACACAUCAACCUACAUCUCUCUUCUGAUUCUUAGACAAGGGAGACUCAAAUUUAUUCCUAUUCCCAGAGAUAUUGCUGCCCAGGCCCUACUUCAGGAAAGAAUUCGGAUAGCGGGUAGAUAUUGAAUUGACCAGGGUAAUCCAGUUUUAUGAUAUAUACUAGCUAUCUUGCAUGGGUCCGGGCAUCAAUUUCUGAGAGAGAAGGAAAAAAAGAAAAACCAAAAAGCACAAGAAGAAAUAUUCACAGGCACCAUGGCACCCGGGCUACUCUACAUAACAAUGCAGCCGAGAGACGACCUCUCCCCGGCCAAAUUCCAUGACUGGUACAACAACGAGCACGGCCCAAGCCGCCUUCGUCUCCCCUUCAUCACGAACGGUUUCCGCUUCCGCGCCACAGACACUGUGAAUGGCUCGUCCAGCUCGAGCCACCCAUUAUCCCCUGAAUGGCUUGCCAUCUACGACGUCACGGACAUGGCCGAGUUAAAGUGUGAGCCUUACCUGCGGCUGCGCCGUGACGAGAUCAAGAGCAAGCGCGAAAAGGAAGUGAUGGCGAAGAUCACGAUUGAUAGACGGUUGUAUGACUUUGUUGAGAGCAAGGAGGUGGAGGGGUAUGUGCCCCUGGAUGCAUUGACAGAGGGAGAAGCGGAGGCUGAGGCAGAGGGAAAGAAAAACAAAAGGGUUCUCGUGGCAAUUAUCCAGACCCUGUACCCGGACCAGGAAGAGGAGUUCAACAAAUGGUACCGCGAGGAACAUCUACCUCUCCUCUCCAGGGUGCCCGGGUGGCUGCGGACAAGACGCUUCGUGAGCUCCGCCGUCGAACCCACGGCGGUCAGAGAAUAUCUCUCAUUACACGAGUAUGAGUCCCACGAUGGACCCAGCGGGCCUGAGUUAAAAGCUGUAAACGCUACCCCCUGGCGCGAACGGGUUAUGGCAAACAUGGUCAAGGACCGCUCUAGACGAGUUUACGAACACUACUACACCUUUACCGCCGCGCCGCGGGAUCUAGCAUCUCUCUCUGCCGAGACAGAAAAGGGAGCGACUACCCCCUUCCUAGCCCCGGAUGGCCUUACUAAAACCUUCCCCACGUCAUCAACAUCCUCCUCCUCCGAACCCGCCGUCCCCGCCAUCCAAUCAUACAUCAAGACACCGGACGGCGUCACCCUCCCCUACCGCCUCGAAGGCUCCACAAACCCUAACGCGCCCCUCAUCAUCCUCAGCAACAGCAUCCUAACCCACUACAGAAUCUGGGACGACUUCAUCGCCACCUUCUUCUCCCCCUCCUCCUCUUUUUACCCUUCCAACCGCCAGUACAGAAUCCUCCGCUACCUCACCCGCGGUCGCUCAUCCAACUGCGGCCAGCAACCAAUAACGCUCGACGUGCUGGCCGCAGAUAUAAUAACCAUCCUCGACGCCCUGCGUGUGCCCAAAGCCGCUGCCCUCAUCGGCGUGAGCCUCGGCGGUGCGACGGUGCUGAACACCGCGCUGAAAUACCCUGAGCGUGUGGGGACGUUCAUCGCCUGUGACACGAACGCGAAGAGUCCUGAUGAGAAUAGCAAGGUGUGGGCGGAGAGGAUUGCGCUGGCGGAGGCGGAGGGGGCGCUGGCGGCGUAUACGGAUGAGCCGAUUGUUGGGGGGCAGUUGGCAGAGGUCACCGUCCGCAGAUGGUUUGUUAGGGGGGGAACUUGUGAUGGAGGAAAGGGGGAGUUGGAGGGAAGGUUUCGGCGGGUUAAGGAGAUGGUUAAGGACAAUAGUUUGGGGGGGUUUAGGAGGGUUGCGGAGGCUUUAUUUCAGUAUGAUCUGCGGGAGGAAAUGGGGAGGUAUAGAGGGGCAAAGGGGGCAUUUUUGGUCGGGGAUGAGGAUGGGGUGUUGCCUAAGACUAUGAGGGAAAUGGUUGGGAUGAUGGGGAGGGGUGAUGCCAGGAAGGAGUCAGAGCCAGCGGCGGAGUUUUUGGUGGUGGAGGGCGCGGGGCACUUGCCGAUGGUGGAGAAGCCGGAGAGGUUUGAGGAGUUGGUUAGUGGGUUUCUGGGGCAGAGAGAGGUAGGUAGGUAAAUUAAUAAAUAGGCGAAGAUGAAGAUAGGGGAAUACCCCUGGAUUAUGGUAUUUCUUUUUUUUUUUUUUUUUUUUUUUUUUUUUUUUUUUUUUUUUUAAUAGGCCAGGGAUCUUUCAUGAUAUAAUCCUAUUGAUGCAUCAUGGUUUAUUAUUUUGAUGACUCUCUCAACCUCUUGAGUUGAGUCUCUUCUAAUAUCCUCAACCGUCUAUUGCUAUGCAGCGUGGUAGAGAACGUCUGGCAGAAAGAACAAAAGUCGAAUUCACUCACUGUCGUUGUCUAAUAGCAGUUCGGUCGUGUUUGUAUCGGGAUCAGGGCGCAUGCGCAUAUAAACAAAUCUACCCCCUCUUUUUCAAUGAACUCUUGAAAGAUAGGAAGAAAACCACAAAGGAGCAAGAUAAUGCUAAAAUAUUUCACCUGUAAAAUGGAAAGCCAUACAAAAAACGACAAGAAAAAAGAAAAGCUAUUAGUUUUACAGAACAGCAGUAAAACAACGAUUAGACGCACAAACAGACAAAAACAAUAAAACAAAGAAGAACCCCAGCGCCGGUUUAUUUGAUUUAUAUCAUCUCGUUUCAAAUCAAUACUCCCAUAUCAAUCCCCUC